CCUCGGAGGAAAGGCUCGGCUCCCAGCGCGCCCCUCCCGUCUCCCCAGCGAAAAAGUUUGAGUCGCCGCUGCCGGGUUGCCAGCAGAGUCGCACGUCGGGAGCUACGUAGGGCAGAGAAGUCAUGGCUUCUCCGUCCAAAGGCAGUGACCUGUUUUCGCCCGACGAGGAGGGCCCAGCGGUGGUGGCCGGGCCAGGCCCGGGGCCUGGGGGCGCCGAGGGGGCCGCGGAGGAGCGCCGCGUCAAGGUCUCCAGCCUGCCCUUCAGCGUGGAGGCGCUCAUGUCCGACAAGAAGCCGCCCAAGGAGGCGUCCCCGCUGCCGGCCGAAAGCGCCUCGGCCGGGGCCACCCUGCGGCCACUGCUGCUGCCAGGACACGGCGCUCGGGAAGCGCACAGCCCCGGGCCGCUGGUGAAGCCCUUCGAGACCGCCUCGGUCAAGUCGGAAAACUCAGAAGAUGGAGCGGCGUGGAUGCAGGAACCCGGCCGAUAUUCGCCGCCGCCAAGACACAUGAGCCCUACCACCUGCACCCUGAGGAAACACAAGACCAAUCGGAAGCCGCGCACACCCUUUACCACGUCCCAGCUCCUCGCCCUGGAGCGCAAGUUCCGCCAGAAACAGUACCUCUCCAUUGCAGAGCGUGCAGAGUUCUCCAGCUCUCUGAACCUCACAGAGACCCAGGUCAAAAUCUGGUUCCCCCGAAGGGCUAAGGCGAAAAGACUGCAGGAGGCCGAACUGGAAAAGCUGAAAAUGGCUGCAAAACCUAUGCUGCCCUCCAGCUUCAGUCUCCCUUUCCCCAUCAGCUCGCCCCUGCAGCCGCUCAUAUAUGGAGGCAUCCUACCCGUUUCCCGACCUGUGCUUCCGAUCCCGCCCUGUGUACGCUAUGCCACGCCAGUGGGAUAUGGCAUGUACAGUGCCGCCUAG